AAUAAUCCAAAUGUUUAAAAAAAAUGCUUUAUGAUUGGGCAUUUAGAGGUUUGAAGCAUAUUGUUACAUGUCCCUGAAUAUAAAUAAAUAAUAAUAUCCAAGUCUUGAAGUCGUCGUGGCUAAAGGUAUGACGCCCGGUGCUUUCGUAUCAAGCGAAGCAAACGGUGUUCGAAUCCCGCAGGCGGAUACCAAUUUUUGUAUUGAAAUUACAUACUUUUAUUAAGUAUGUAUUCGAUUAGAAACAUUGGUAGAUAGAUAGGUUCACGAUAGAAUUCCAUGGUGAGAGAAUAACAUCGUGUAAUAAAAAAUCAAACCCGUAAAAUUAUAAUUUGUGUAAUUACUGGUGGUUGGACGCCUUGUGAGUCCGCACGGGUAGGUACCACCACCCUGCCUAUUUGUCUGCCGUGAAGCAGUAAUGCGUUUCGGUUUGAAGGGUGGGGCAGCCAUUGUACUGUAAAAACAGAUCUUAGAACUCAUGUCUCAGGUGGGUGGCGGCAUUUACGUUGUAGCCUAUGAGCUCCGGUGACCGUUACUUCGACCCAACUAAGCAAUAAAACUAUAUAAAUGUAUACAAUAAUAAUUUAAUAUAAAAAAAAAAUCAUUUUACAAAAAUAAUUAUAAAUAGUGGCAGUGAGGUUUUUAAAUCGUUAAAUAUCCUUUACAGCUGCUAUUGCUGUUUUGUUAUUGAUGUUCGCUUACGAAUUGUAUGCAUCACAAUAAACAUUUCCAAAAUGCAAUGUAAUAAACAUGCAUGCACGUAAAUUAACUGUAACGUUGACCCAAUUGGUAUGACCCUACAAAUCAAUAAUUUGAUUAUUUACCUUACGUAAACGGUGAGCUGUCUGUUGGGUAGACGAUGUGGAUCAUCGGGAGUGACGUCAGACGCGGGGCGCUCCGGAAGCUGGAAGGCCGGUAGCGGAGUCCCGCUCUCCCUGGACCGCCGAACCCGCUUUAUUGCGGCCGAGCUCGCCAAUUGAAACGCGUGUCCGCUGCUCGAGCCCAAUCUGCACUUGCCCCUUCGACACUGAUAUUUUGAAUAUCGUAUUUAUGAUUUGAAGUGUUGUGUGACAAUGAACCGCAUAGUGCAUAUCGUAGUUUUAGGUGUACUACUAUUGACGUGCUGUAUAGCCGACGAAGUUAUUGAAACAGUAGAAGUCAUUGUGGGACACAGCGCAGAGCUUCCUUGCAAUGUCACAGCCAAGAACGAGAAUGACAGACUAAGCAUAUUGGCCUGGUAUCGUAAUGAAUCUGCGGUGGCUUUCUAUAGUCGCGACCUCCGUGACGGUGCAGAAAACAGCAACCCAUCUCCCGACAGUCGAUACCGACUUGUUACUUCAGACUCUGAAGUCAUGGAUAAGCUGCAGAUUGUAACAGUACGACCAUCAGAUGCGGGUCUCUAUCACUGCCUCGCGGACUUCGAGUUCAGCCCUGCUCACAAGACUAACGUGCAGUUAGUGGUUAUUGAGCCUCCACGUCACUUGUGGGUGAUCCACGAGAACGGAACUCAGGUAGCUAAAGCAAGCGCAGGAGUCAACGUCAGUAGGAAUGUGGGACCAUACUACGUGGGAGAUACAGUACAUCUAUUUUGUGUCGCCUUUGGUGGGAACCCUCAGGCGACACUAUCCUGGUGGACAGAACAACGCCUCCUGAAGAACUCAUCGACAACACUCUCAGAGCAACGAGUUCGCACUAACAUAAUGUUCGGUCCUCUCCGGCGUGAAGACCACGGCCGCGUACUCACCUGCUACGCAAAAAAUAAUGAAAGAACGAAGCCUCUUUCAAUAGACAUUAUCAUAAACAUGCUCUUGCCUCCGGAACUUGUAUCUAUACGGGCUGAGGGGGCGUUUACUUCGGGCGGCGUUGAAGGCAGAGUGCGAACUGGAGAAGCCAUAACAUUGCAGUGCAGAGUAAUUGGGGCACACCCCCCACCCCCACUGCUGUGGAAGCUUGACGAUUCGAAGCUUGUAAAUUUAGAGCAGAACAUAACAAUGGAGCCUUCGCAGCGCUUAAUAGUUAGUGAGGUCCAAUGGACAAUAGACCGUCGGUACGACGAAUCCCGCGUGACGUGCUGUGCCCUCAACUACCAAAGAGGAAAUGACACCUUCGAAUGCGCACAAGGAAUACCUCUGAUUGUUUUGUACCCUCCAGUUGUAGAGAUUAUUGUUGAAGGAGAAUUAAAUAAUAAUACUUUGGCUGUUGCAAAAGGCUCUAACGUAACGCUUGCUUGUAGCUAUCUAGCUAAUCCAUCUGUGGACCAAAUAAUGUGGUUUCAUGAGGAUGCCGUACAAGGCAAUGAAGGUGAGGUAACUGAUAAACUACACCCGAUUUUGGACCUGAAGAAUAUAUCUGAGAGCGACGCCGGCAAAUACAUGUGUACCGCACAUAACGAAGAGGGGUUCACAGACAGCGAACCGAUUUUUAUAGAUGUCACGUAUCCAGCUUACUGUGAAAAUUCAAUGAUAAUAGAAUACGGUUUGGGCGAUGAGGAGUCUAUAAAUAUGACGUGCAAUGUCAAAGCAAAUCCAGAGCCAAUCUCAUACCGUUGGAUUUCGGUCAACGCAGCCGCGAACAUCACUACGCUGCGCAACCAUCCCCAGGUUAUGAAGGAAACAGAUGAACCAAUAUUGGUUUAUGAACGACCAAAUAACACAGCGUACAGUACAGUAUUUUGUUGGGGUCUCAACGGUGUGCCUGAUAAGGAAGCCACGCAAACCCCUUGCACGUAUUUAGUAACAGAUGAAACGAUCCCACGACCGCCUUCUAAUUGUGAAGCUUUGAUAACUGAAACAAGAGACAUUAUUGUUAACUGUGAGAAGGGUCACAGCGGGGGAUUGCCACAGCGCUUCAAGUUUUUCGUGAAAGAGGAAGACACAGAUAAACUCAUAAUAUCCAUUGUGAGUACAGAACCGGAAUUUAAAAUAGCGGAACCGAAGCAAGAAAGAUACAAGUUUACUGUAAUUGCAGUAAAUGACAAAGGGGAAAGUGAUAGUGUAGAAAUUCUUAAAGAAGACAUCAUUAAUAACAUUCCAGACCCGGAUCAGCCCCAGAGCGCUGUUGCGAACAUAACGACGCUAUCCCUGGCGCUGUGCGGCGGCGUGGCGCUAGUGGCGCUGGCGGCGUGCGGGCUCGUGCUGUGCGCGCACGACCGCGGCUCCGCGCUCGACCUGCCGCGGCCGCACUCGGACCCGCCGCUCUGCGCCUACAAUACUGAAGAAUCGAACUGCGAGACUUACCACGGCAGCGAAGACGGGAGCGAGUGCAACGUGAGACGCACGGAGUCGUUCCGGCGAGCCGUCUCGAGGUACCCGUCGAAGAAUUUCGACGUGAGGAGAACGAGCUCGUUCCAUUCGGCGCGCUACGCGAAUGAUACCGAGCCAGAACCUUCGAGCAAGUGCAACGACGUCAUCCGCUACGGGAACAACUGCAGAGUGCACUCGCUACAGAACAUCAGCAGGAAGAGGGACACGGAUGCCUUGUGCGAUCAUUUAGUUCUACAUCUGCCGCCGGAAACGAGCUACGGUGUUCCUAAGCCGAUGAACACGUUUUACACGAUACCGCGUAAAACGAGGCAAAAACAAAGCAGGGAACUGAGCGACGAGACUUCCGAAAUAACUCAAACGUCCGACGGAUUUUCGUUGCCGCCCCCGCCGGACGAGUUCGGGACCUACAGGGCCGCAACCAGGAUCCGGGAUAUACCGAAAGCCACGCCUACAUACACGACGGUCGUAAAGAAGAACUCCACCGGAAAGGAGCCAGUCAAAUAUCAACAGUACAACGAUGCGAUAUCGUCAAUGAACACUGUCGGAGUCGUGCCGACAAUUAGCGCGACGCAAGCGAGCGUGUACACGUAUCCUGACGACGACCACCGCGGGCACCAGGAAACGCCGAGCACUCUCGGAACCGCUAGCGUCAUACCCACUUACAAAGCUUAUUUUACCCCAAGAGAGUGCGGACUGUAAUAGCAUUAUGUACUUUUUAGUAACAACGAUUUCAAUAUCAUUUUUAGGAUUUUAAUUUAUUCGAUACUAGCGACCCGCCAUCGCUUCGCUCCGGAAACUGUAAUUUAUUAUUGAUUUCUCCACUAUUUAAUGAAUGUUAUUUAUUAUACAUUUAACUUUCCUCUUCAAUCACUCUACCUAUUAAAAAAAACCGCAUCAAAAUCCGGUGCGUAGUUUUAAAGAUUUAAGCAUACAUAGGGAUACUAUGUAAUGAAGAUGAGAGAAUCUUACACCUUUUACCAAUAAUCUAGAUCUCACUAUUCAGUAGAUUUAAUAAUGAAACGAAUAUUGUUACACGAUAAAUAUUUAUUUACAAAAAUAGAAACAUUUUUUUUUCUUCACAAAAUCAGUUAAGAAUUAAACUAGAUCACUUUUCGAAAUACAUGAUUAAAUGAGGUAUUAUAUUAUAUGGAACAAUAACCGUGACUAUUACAUUAUACGGUACAAAACAUUUUCAUUAUAAUUCAAUGUUAUUAUCACUGCCAACGGAACAAACAAUUCUGCCAGUUAAUUAUGUAUAGUCUAAAUAUUUGUGCACACUAAAAUGUUAUUAGUUAUAUCUGAGAACUGUACCAAUGAAACGAAAUAAAAAAAUAAACAAGCAA